GCUCCAGGGCGCCUUUGCGUCCUUGCCAAAUGGGAGGUGAUGCUGCUGACCGACAGCUGGGACUGCUGCUGGGGGGCCCAGGCUGGGGACGGGUGAGGGUGGCGAGGAAAGCGACUUUCCCGGAAGGAUCCGUGUCCCAUGGUGGGGAUGCUCAGCUAAGCCAGAGCACCGGAUGAUGUCUCCUGCGCGCGCUCCUUUUCACUGAAACCAAAAGGCCGCGUUUGACGCAGGCUUUCUAGAAACUUGUUUUCUUUUACGCGCCAGACCGCUCCCGGUUUCUCAAAGACCGCUGUUACGUCCUGCCCUUGUUCAGUAAUCCCUUUUAGACGGUGAGCUUUUGAGGGUAGGAACGCUCUAUUUAGUGCUGUAAACCCGAUGCGUAGCGUAGUGCCUGGCACCUUAGACACGCAUAUUUAUUAAUCGGAUGGAAGAGGAAUGCUUGUCUAAGCAUCAGAGACAUCCUAACCAAAAUAAGAUAGGAAAAAUGUAGUGGUAGGCUUAUAAAGAAAAUUACUUCAGCGGGCAGGUAGGAUGAGACUGAUUUUGUCAGGCCACAGCAGGAAGGUUCCUGCACUUCCUCUCCAAGAUGAGAGGAUGGUGGUCCUAGCAGAGGCAGGGAGGUGAGGAUGUGCAGGGCAAAUGGCUGGGAGCUUGGAGAGAUAACUGUGCUGCACACGUUGAUAGAGCCUGAAGGGGCGAUGUGGAUGCCAUGGCGAAUUUUGUGCUCCAGCAGUGGAGGCCUGUUGAGGUUUCUGGGCAGAGUGGUGAUUUCCAGUGUGAGGCUGCAGUCAGAUGGGUUAGAACAAUCAUCCCCAACUUCCAGAGAUGGAAAUCCAGGCACAGUGGCUGAAAUGGUGUCCCAGCCUGCCUUUGCCCCAGCUGACCACUCCAAUCAGGAGAGAGCGACUGAGAACACCACAGAUCGACUAGCCAACGGAGCACAGAGCAUCCCUCACGAUAGUCCUGCUCAUGGUGAGGGCACCCAUUGUGAAGAGGAAGGCUUUGCUGAAGAUGACGAGGAUUCUGAUGGGGAACCAAGUCCCCGGGAGCUGUCAGAAGGGAUGUCCGGCUGUCUACCCAAGGAACAGGCUGGUGAUCUUUUUCACGAGGAUUGGGACCUGGAGUUGAAAGCAGAUCAGGGGAGUCCAUAUGAUGCUGACGACAUCCAAGGUUGCCUUUCUCAAGAGGUCAGACCCUGGGUGUGCUGUGCCCCACAAGGAGACAUGAUCUAUGACCCCAGUUGGCACCAUCCGCCUCCACUGAUACCCCAUUAUUCCAAGAUGGUCUUUGAAACGGGACAGUUUGAUGAUGCAGAAGACUGAGGGUGUCACUUUUGCCUGGCGGGUGGGUAGGUGGGCCCCUCAGGUCAAGGUCUCCUUUCUUUGAGGUGUGAGAGGUCACAUCUGAGGAAACAUUCCCAGUUGUCCCCCAGUUGGGCAAACGGACUGGUGUUAAAUAAGGUCCCGAGUGCCCUGGUUCUGUUGUUGUUUUUAUAAGCUCCUCCUUGGAAUGUGUGAGUGUUUAUGUCUGUGUUAGGGGGAGGAAUCGUGUUCUUUAUAAAUAAAAGAAGAAAAAAGUCAGUGUGCUUUUGCCUACUUCCUCCCCCUUUUUCAUUAGAUAAUUCUGAGCAAAGCUUCCUCUCCUUCGUUUAAAACCCUUCAGUCCAUUUUCAUGAUUGACGUAUCUUGAGAUGAAAGAUUAAACGACUUUGUGAAGGAAGACAAUAUUUUAGUUUGGCCUCUGUGGAUCUGGUGCUACUGACCAGAAACUGGGACCCAAGAGACGCUGGUGACUUCACGGCUGACUUGUAUUCCUGUUGUGGAAAAUUGACCAUUUACUUAGUUAACAAGGACUUUCUGCAGGCUGGAAAAUGAAAUGGCAAGUUAAUUAAAGCAGCAAUUGUAUAACCCUCAA